AUGACGAACUCCAGCGAAUUACAGAAUCUUGGUCAUUUCGUACCCGCAUCGGAACUCUCGCCCUCAGUGGGAGAUCUGAUCGAAAUUGACCGUACCCUGUACGCCCAUUGGGCCCUGUAUGUGGGCGACGGCCGCGUCGUUCAUGUUGUCGGCUCGAACGAGGAAGACAUCCCAACGGAUUGGGCUCUCGUCCAGAAAUCAUCCCUUGCACAGGUGGCAGGAUGCUCCAGAGUGCGCGUGAAUAACAAGUCAGUGAGGGCGAAGGAGCGAGGGAUGAAGUCGUUAGACAAAGACGCAGUUGUCCAACGAGCUCUUGAGCAACUCGACAAAAAAGUCGAGUUCAAUGUCUUGAUGCGGAACGCCGAGUUCUACGUGACCCAAUGGAAGUACGGACACGGCUGGAGUGAUCAGGCCGCUAUCGCUCUCAGCGUGAUGAAAUCACUCGGCGAAGACCUCAAACUCGGCCAUAACACGUUCUUAACGGGACUUCAAGCGGUCUUUGGCGGUCCGCUCAUCAGCUGCAAAGCAACCAAAGGAGCGCCACAGCAAUCGAAUCCUGUCUCGGCUACCUGA